AUGACAACCCCAGCACCGGCAACUCCCAGUGCUGACCCAGAAGCAGCCAAUCGAGCCCGAUUUGAGCUUGAGUUGGAAUUCGUUCAAGCUCUUGCCAAUCCCUUUUACCUCCAUUCGUUAGCGCAGCAGAACAUUUUGGAGCAACCUACGUUUAUCAACUUUCUCAAGUACCUUUUAUACUUCAAGGAGAAAGAUUGUGCUCGCUUUAUACAUUAUCCCCACGCGCUUCAUCAUCUGGAGUUGCUUCAGCAUGCUCAAUUUAGGACUGCUAUGAAGAAGGACGAGAUGUUUCGUGAAUAUCUAAAUCAACAACAAUUUGAACACUGGAGAACGUGGUCAGUCCACUUGGUCGUAUUUCCGCUCAGCCGUCAGAUUGCUGUACUACAUCUACAGGAAGGACCCUGCUAA